ACGGUAUGUUAUAGUAUCAGUAUGGUCAUGGCAGGUAAGCUAAAACUAUGUCGUGUACCUGGGAUAAUCCAUUUAUUCUAACAGGUGUGUCUCUACAGCAAACAUGGGUGUGGCAACAGCAGGACAAUUCAAUUUGCAUUUUGGGUUCCAGACUUGUUUGUGUUCAGUGGAGAGACCGCACGCUAUGUUAAUGCAUUAGUCAUACUUAUUUCUCGUCCAAAGCAGACAUUAUACUGGCUGUUGUUUUCCAGAUCUUUCUGCUAUACCCCCAAACUGUGCUAGACAGCAGCUUAAAUAGGAUGAACCAUGUAGGCUAAAGUUACGGCGUGCUUUGGCUCUCAACAACUAGCAAGGAAGUGACAAUGGCGGACUCGGAUAACAGAAACAACCUGUACAACAUAAGGGUCCUAGCUGCUGACAGGCCUGAUCUGAGGGUGCAGAAAAAUAUCCAACCAUCAAAAAGACAAAUGUGCUCAAUUUUCUCAGUGUUCAAGGUGGUUGUUGCCUUUGGAUUGAUCCUGCUGCUAUCCUACACCCUUUACUUCUCAGACAACCUCCGGCAUGCCAUCGGCAUCCGUCCUUACUUCAUCAGGCUAUACCUGGUCAACGACUCUUCAGAAAUAACCAAGAGACCAGAACAACUUCUCAGAACAGUUUCAGUCAAUCCCAUCUUGCUGUUAAGAAAUGACACCAAUGCUGCUAGCGCUAUGGACAAGAUUCCAUCAAGGAAUUCCACAGCAAGGACAGUUCCCUCAAGGUCACCGCAAAAGUCGUCCACAAGGUCGCCGCAAAAGUCGUCCACAAGGUCGCCGCAAAAGUCGCCCACAAGGUCACCAAUGUUGUUAAAAAAUUCCACCUCAGGUAGUCAAGCGAAAGCGAACACCACGAGCACACCAGCACCCCCCAUCCCCCAGCCAUAUGACCAGAAUGCAGACCCUCUCCCUAGCUUUGAGAACAUCAGGAACUUGAAGCAGCACCUGAGGAUGCAUUGUAGGACGUGUGCCUUUGUGUCGAGCUCAGGACAGGUGCUUAAAAGACACGCGGGGCCCCACAUCGACUCGCACGAGUGCGUAUUCAGGACUAACACCGCACCUGUCAAGCGGUAUGAGAGGGAUGUGGGGAGAAGGACGACAGUCCGAGUUACCAACUUCCACGCCAUCAGGACUAUCGAGGGGCUCAUUAGAUCAGCGCACAUUGACAAGGUUGUUGUUUGGGGUCCAGAUGUGGUGCUGGGACCAGGGAAACCUGUACUGAAGGUGGCUCAAAACUUGGCCAGAAAGUUUCCCAAGACAGAAUUUUACAAAUUUUCGUCUAAAGCUAUGGUGGAUGUUGAUGUGGAGUUUAAGAAGGAGACAGGGAUGGACAGGAGAGGCAGUAAGACGGACCUGUCCACAGGCUGGUUUGCCCUCACCUUGAUGCGGCAGGUCUGUGACUCCACCACCAUAUUUGGUAUGGUGUACGAUGGCUACUGUGCAACGCGUAAUGCGAGUGUCCCUGAUGUCCCAUACCACUACUAUGGCAAGUCAGCACUGGAAUGUUCCAUGUACACAGGAAAGGGGGGGAAGACAAAACACAAGUUUGUACAAGAAAAGACCAUCUUUGGGAGGUGGGCCAAGAACUACAACUUCACCUUUGUUCAUCCGGAGUGGCCACCCAUUCAGAGGUGACAAUUACUGCAGACUGUCUACUGGGUUGUUCCACUGCUGUGCCUUGUAGGACUGGUGGCCUGCGCACUUAUCUGUUGCCAGGUGUCAUCAUCGUCAGCACCACAGCAGAAGGAGAAGUCCCGGAGGAAGAAAGUCAAGAAAAUGCUCCUUCCUCCUAAGGCAUGAGGACUUCUUGUCCAGUCAGACAGUCCCAGGUGGAGAUGCAGUGUGUAGGGGUGGGUACAGAAAAUAAUGUCUUAUUUUGGAGAGCGAGACACGAGUCACUGUAAGUGCUAUAAAUUAUGCUCAAAUUGUACAUUGGAAUGAUAUGUAGUUAUUUUCAAUGCGCAAGCAACUAAUUUGCAGAAAGGGAACAGAGAUAUAUUGCAAUACAUACAAGUUAAAUCUGCUCUUAAAUGUCCUUAUAUUGUUAUUUUUGUGGACCAGUACGCCCAGAACAUUCUGACCACCUGCCGGCAUUUUCUCAACAAAUGUGGCUUUCAUACUGGUGCAGUAUGCAGGUACCCACCCCUAUAAGUUUGUAUAAAGCAUAUGGAACAUCGGUGAAAACUUAACAAUAAAAUCUCUGUUAUUUGGCAAGGCCCAGAGUUUGAAUAAAAAAAGUCCAAGGCUACCUGUUUUUUGAGAAACCAGUUUCUGAUGACAGAGGUUUUAUUUGUAUUUUUCUCUUUAGAUGUGCCAACAGAAGUUUUGGUGUAAAGAAUAUGAUAUUUAGAUUGUAUGCAUGGAUUCAAGAUGUACAUGUAAUGAGAGGGUCACUGUUUCUACAAGAACUCAUUGUUUUGUACAUGUUCGUGGCUAAGAAAGAUUGAGUGUUGAGAAAUUUAGAGAAGUAGAAAAGGCUGUUUUAUCAGGUCUGUUUUUUGUAAGACGAAUCGACAGAACUUUGCAGAUACUUGGAUUUUGAGCACCUUUUUUGUAUCUUGUAAAUAUGUAACUACUGUAUGUACAUGAAGGAAGAAGUUUUUGUAGCCAGAGAUAAGCUGCUGAAAGUGUAACACAUGAUUGGUGCUUAUACAUUCCAGAUGGUUGUUCUGUUGUUUCAAUGGUCAUAUAGCAGACAAUACAUUCACAUGUGUCAAGUUUUAGCUUUUGUAAUUGUCAAAAUCUGAUGACCAUGGAUAAAUGGGACAUUGCUUUCAAACGGCAGUUAUAGUAAGCUACUACUUUACCUUGUAGUUGUGUUUUUAGCAAUGAUUUAAAAGCAAUUGCUUGAAGAGAAACAGAGAAUAUCCAAGUAUGUAGAUGUGUGAGAUUUUGUAUGUUUGAUCACCUACAUGACAUAUGUACACGUACAGCUGCAAUAUACUGAUUGAAGAGAGCAGAUGUGUUUUCAAUUGUUUUAAGUUUUUUAUUGUUCCACGGCAAUAAUAAUGAUUGUCAUAAUUAUUCCAUUUGGCUUGAUGUGCAUGAUGUACAUGUAUGCGAUAUGGAAAUUAUUUUUAGUAUGACUGCUGGCACAGGUGACAGUUGAAUUUUGUAGCCUUUUUGUAUAUCACGAGUGUCAGAUGUUUCCGUCUAAUUAUUGUGAAUCUAAUGUUAGGUAUCAGUUGAUAUCAGAAAAUCCAGAAUAUUUUGCUUUUACUGUUCAAUGAGGCUCCUCUUGAAUGUGCAGUUAUACAUUGCCUUUUAUUUGCAGUUUUACAUUUUUUUUCCUGAUUUUUUUUCUGGAGAACUUACGACUUUAUGACACCCAGAAGUCAUCACAGAAAUCACUGACAUGUAUUGUGUUCGUAAAGCCAUGGCCAAUAACCAUAGAGCCUAUAAUUGACAUAAACACUGAUUGAAACAAGUGAUUGAUACAAGACUGACAAAGCAGAGGUUAUGAUACAAUGUUCUGGCUCUUUUGUAGUCUGGAAAAAUGCCCACUAGCUUCAUACACCACGAUAA